CGGCUCCCACAGUCACAGCACAGCACUUUGAACGUUCACCAGCCAGCGAGCCAGCAGCGAAAAGACCUGCCUUGUGCAGCCAUAUUUUUCUCGUCGCGCAUUGUAAUUCCAAAGUGAACGCGUAGUAGACGGAAUCGUGUUAAGUUUCGGGGCAUUUUAAGUCGCGAGUUCCUGAUCAAAGUGCAUUCAUUGUUUUAUAAGUGGCCAUUUUCCAGCUUUAAUAUUGUGUAUCUCUAGUGUCUAUUGGACAUAUUAGGUAACGUUCCUGGUACCAGUAAAAUUCAGUGCAAUUAAAAAUCUUAACCCACACAUUAAAGACUGUCGCACAAACGGUGGUUCAUAGCGAAAAUAAAUUAUGGCCUGUGCAACGCUGAAACGGUCGCUGGAUUGGGAGAGUUUAAAUCAGCGGCCGACAAAACGCCGGAGGUGUCAUCCCUUUGGCAGCCCCAGCAGUAGCGGCAGCAAUGCCCAAAAUAGUCCGUCGUCAUCUUCCGCUGCCGGCUGCUCCUCAAAUAGUGCAAUGCGUGUGAUGGAGCCAAAGCCUUCUCCAUUUGCCGAAACCGUCUGCCCUAAACUGACCCCAGAAAAAAUGGCACAGAACAUCACAGAAGAAAUCAAAAGACUGCAUCGCCGGAAGCAGCUCACAUUUCACACGGGUAACAUGGAACGAAUGCAGGACUCGGAAUCUAGCGGUUCAGAAAUGGGCCCGGACAGUCCCCGCCGACCGGAUAGCCCCCCCAGCAUGGUCAAACACCCGGAAAAAGCGUUGUUCACAUUCAAACAGGUGCAAAUGAUCUGCGAGCGUAUGCUGAAAGAACGAGAAGAUUCCUUGCGGGAGCAGUAUGAUGCCGUACUGACUAAUAAGCUGGCCGAACAGUACGAUGCAUUUGUCAAAUUCACAUAUGACCAAAUACAGAGACGCUACGAAGCGGCGCCUAGUUACCUCUCUUAAUCAGCUAGUUAACUUGUACUGCAAAGGAUAACAAAAAUGUCAAAUACAUACAUCCACCCAACACAACAACAGCAACAAAAACAACAAACAGACACAAACGAAUCCAUAUAUUUAAAUGUCUUAUCCAUCAUGCUAUAUCUCUAACUGAGCUCUUCAUUUAGUUGUACUAAACUUCUUACUAUUUGUCUUUUGCUGCUGAUAAAGAGAUAAGAAGAAGAAAAAAACAAAAACCAUGAAAACCCCCAACAAUGGGAAAAUGCUUUCCAAUGUCACCUGUUAGACUGUUAAUUCUGAUUACUGAAAGCUUCGCGAUUUGACAGGAGCGAUAGUCUACCAAAUCACGGGAAAUAUGUGUAACCAAUUGAAUUUUUGAUUAUUUUUUUUGUAAACUCAUUUUUGUGGAUUAAUUAUCAGAAAUAAUAAAAAAAAACGCUUUCCUCAUGAA